AUGCGGCUUUACAGAAAUCCCAUACGCAGAGCUACUCCACACAAUUGUUAUUCUUAUUCUUAUUCUUAUUAUUAUUAUACUUCUUCAACACUCUCACAUCUCUGCUGUUACUACUCCUCCUCUUCCUCAACGACCAUCCCAACAAGACAACCAGAAGAAGAAGAAGAAGAACAAGAAAAACAAAAACUAGUGGAUAGUGGUAUUUCCUCCUGUGAUCAUCCCAAUAACUCCUCUUCUUCUCUCUCUUCCACAUAUAUUGGAACCCGCCUGACUUCAUAUAUGUUAUCACCUGUUUUUGAAGAACGGCAUUCAUUAUGGCAAUGGCGUACAGUUGUUUGGCGAGAUUCUCUUCACGCCGUACCGUUUCUUCUCUAUUGUGCCCCGAGUGUUCCACUGCGACGUCCAUUUCUUCACAAUGCCACUGCGGAGUGUAUCUACACACACACUGGAGGAAAACGCAAAGUAAAUAAAAGCCUAAUUACUACUAAUACUAAUACUAAUAAUAAUACUACUACAGGAGAGAAACCACAACAGCAGCAAGAAAGAAAUAAAGGGAAAAGAAAUUACAUGGAGAUGACAGUUCCUACACCUAUUGGGGCAUUACCGGUAAUAGAUGAUACCAUUACACUCUGGGUGGAUAAAUUAUUUUAUUUUCUUGAAGAAGGAGAAAAACGUAUGAAUGAUAUCACCAACACUCAUCUACCGCAUGUGUAUACAGAUGUGUUUAAACAACCAGAUGAUGGGGAACUUGAACUCCCUACACCACCAGGCUUUAAUCCUAAACUUCAUGAUUCCACCAAUAUGAACAGUACUACUACUAAUACUAAUAAUACUAACAAUACUAAUAAUAGUAGUAAUAGUAGUAGUGGGUGUGAUAGUAGUAUUCAUAAUGAGAAGAAUAAGAAUAAUAAUUCCACCAAUCUCAUAUACGACUCUCCCAUUUCCUAUUCACCGUGUAGUAUUCCUGUAUCCCAUCGUAAUGUGAUUGGUUGUGGAUUGGCAGAAGUCAUCGUAGCGAUUGAUCGCUAUGCAGCCAUGUUGGCAAGGCGUGAUAUCACUUACGCCAAAGCCUGUUGGGCUGUAUUAGUGGAUAGUAAAGCAGAUGUACAGCCAUAUCUCCGUUGUAAUGCUGUUGCUAUUGAGAAAGAUCUCAUCGCAGGAGCAGAAGCCCAUAAAGCCAUUAAUGCCGCAAUGGGAGAUCCUGUGAGACGACCACUACUUCGAUUGGCAGAUUAUCCUUCUCUUGCAGGUUGGUAA